AUGCCGUCAAAGGAGGGUAAAGGAUAUCGAGAUGAGUCGCUCGUCUUUCGCGUGGAGAGCCAAUCAACCUUUGUACAGAAUGCAAGCCAAGAUCGACGUAGGAAACGUCCAGAUGACGUCUCGGGAAGUACAGGCUCCCGCUCCAAGUCUCCAGCUUCUGUACAUAGUGAUGCGGAGCGGACGAAGACUUCACGGGCAUCGCCUGAUUCGGUUGACGAGAGACAAGGGGAAUUGUUGCCCUUUGAAGGAGCAACCACAGCGAUUGACGAAUACGAGGCAGCCAGAUACCUAGGCUCCUUCACCCAAACACCUUCGAUCGGUCUGGCUGAUGACACAAACUCUCGUCUUCUGUCCCUGUUCAUGAGCAGAGUAUGUGCUCGUGUCAACAAUCAGGCCGCUGUUGGGUUUUUGUCCUUUUUACCCCCGAUGGUGACAAAAGCUGCCAGCUCUGACGAAGAAUCGGGCUUGGUAUCUACCUGUCAUGCCAUCUCUUAUGCUUUCAUAGCCAAUGAUUAUCGUACGCCAGCGGCUCGGUCCCGCAGAUCAUUAGCAUAUGGGAAAGCCCUCAAAAUUACCAAUACCGCUCUUGACGACUCAAUUGCACGGGUCAAAGAUGAGACUCUGGUAUCGAUCUGGCUUUUAAGCAUGUAUGAGUUGAUUGCGGGACUCGAGGUUACUGUCCACCGCAACGGGCCAGUCCUUUGGAAUACCCACCUUCGUGGCCUUGUUACAUUGCUAAAAAUCCGGGGCACAAAAUGCCUCCGCACCCCUGCUGAGCGCAGUGUUUUCUGGUUGCUUUACAACAGCGUCCAAAUUCGAUCAUUCGUUCUGGGUGUGGAGUGUCCCCCUGAGUCAUUGGAUUGGUUUCUUGAACUGGCGAAAGAUCUUCGAUAUAGCGAAGUUUAUUCCUAUCAUGUUACCCGGUUUGGGUAUGAUGCCACUGCCCUAUGUGCCAAGAUACGUAAGAUGGUAACGGGGAGUGCGCCAAACGCAUCGAACUCGCCCUUGGAGCUUUUGAACUCGGCAGAGCAUCUCACAGAUACGACGGCAGACCUACUAAUUUCAAGAAUCUCAACCUUCGCGUUCCCGAAGCUUGGCUACCCCGGAAUGAGUAAAGACUUUGGAACGAUAUCCUUUCGGACGUUCUAUUGUGCUUUUCGAAUGAAGCUGCAUGUUGCUAUAUGUGAGCUUCUAGCCACAGAGCACAUUCAUGAAAUUUCCUCGGAGAUUAUCCAAGCAAAAUAUCAGGCUCAUGUCGCAGCUGUCCAGACUCUGGCAGACGAGAUUCUUGCUGUAAGAUUUGUUCUUCUGUCCGAAGAUGUCACGGGCCAGCCUCCAUCGAGGUCGAACUUGUCUCCUGCGAGCGGGACUGAGCGAAUCACAUUCUGGACAGAUGGCCUUCGUGUGCUAUGGCCCUUCCGACAAGUCGUAUGGAACAAAGUAGCAAGACCUGAUCAGAAGGAGCUGGCUCUUGAGACUCUACAGCAUCUCCAUGACGCACUCGGGUUUCCACAUGCUCCAGACCGACCAAGUUGGGCUCAAUGA